AUGGGGGGUGUCGAUACACCCGGACCUCCGAAGCCCACUGGUCACAGCAGCAGCAGCAGCAGCAGCAGCAAGUGCUGCAGCAGCAGCAGCAGCAGCAGCAGCACCCCUUUUAUAAACAUUAAGCAGCAGCAACAACGACCUGACUGCAGCAGCAGCAACAAGCCCAGGCAGCAACACCACCAGCUGCAGCUGCAGCAGCAGCAGCAGCAGCAGAAGCAGAAGAGAAGGCAACGACAGCAGCAGCAGCAACAGCAGCAGCAACAGCAGCAGCAGCAGCAGCAGGAACAGCAGCAGCAGCAGCAGCAAAUGGGUGCUCCUUCCAAGCCCCCAGCAGCAAAGCCAGCGGCUAAAACUGCAGCAGCAGCAAAGCCAGCAGCAGCAGCAAAACCAGCAGCAGCAAAACCAGCAGCACCAGCAGCAGCAAAGCCAGCAGCAGCAAAGCCAGCAGCAGCAGCAAAGCCAGCAGCAGCAGCAGCAGCAAAACCAGCAGCAGCGGCAGCAGCAAAACCAGCAGCAGCGGCAGCAGCAAAACCAGCAGCAGCAGCAGCAGCAAAACCAGCAGCAGCAGCAGCAGCAAAACCAGCAGCAACAGCAGCAGCAAAACCAGCAGCAACAGCAGCAGCAGCAGCAAAGAAGAAUGUAGCCCCCAAAGCUUCGCCUGCAGUAGCAGCUGCAGCAAAGCCAACACCACGAUCUGCUGCUGAACCUGCUGCUGCUGCUGCUGCUGCAAAGAAGACAGCAGCAGCAAAACCAGCAGCAGCAGCAGCAGCAAAGCCAGCAGCAGCAGCAAAGUCCCCAGCAGCAGCACCACCAGUAAAGGCUUCAGCAGCAGCAGCAGCAAAACCAGCAGCAGAAGCAGCAGCAAAACCAGCAGCAGCAAAGCCAGCAGCAGCAGCAGCAAAACCAGCAGCAGAAGCAGCAGGUAAACCAGCAGCAGCAGCAGCAAAGCCUGCAGCAGCAGCAGCAGCAAAACCAGCAGCAGCAGAAAAACCAGCAGCAGCAGCAGCAGCAAAACCAGCAGCAGAACCAGCAGGUAAACCGGCAGCAGCAGCAGCAGCAGCAAAACCAGCAGCAGAAGCAGCAGCAAAGCCUGCAGCAGCAGCAGCAGCAAAGCCAGCAGCAGAAGCAGCAGCGGCAAAACCAGCAGCAGCAGCAGCGGCAAAACCAGCAGCAGCAGCAGCAAAGCCAGAAGCAGCAUCGACAGCAAAGCCUGUAGCAGCAGCAGCAGCAAAACCUGCAGCAGCAGCAGCAAAACCAGCAGCAGAAGCAGGAGCUAAAGCAGCAGCAGCAGCAGCUGAGCCAGCAGCAGCAGCAGCAAAACCAGCAGCAGCACCUGCAGCAAAGCCUGCAGCAGCAGCAGCAGCAAAGCCUGCAGCAACAGCAGCAGCAGCAAAACCAGCAGCAGAAGCAGCAGCUAAACCAGCAGCAGCAAAGCCAGCAGCAGCAGCAGCAGCAACACCAGCUGCAGCAGCAGGAGCAGCAGCAAAACCAACAGAAGGGGCGAAAGAGGCAGCAGCAGCAGCAGCAGCGAAGCCAGCAGCACCAGCAGCAAAACCUGCAGCAGCAGCAGCAGCAGCAGCAGCAGGACCAUCAGCCAAACCUGCUGCAGCAGCAAAGCCAGGAGAAGCAGCAGCAGCAGCAGCAAAGCCGGGAGAAGCAGCAGCAAAGCCAGCAGCAGCAGCAGCAGCAGCAGCAAAGCCAGCAGCACCAGCAGCACCAGCAGCACCAGCAGCAGCAAAACCGGCAGCACCAGCAGCAGCAGCAGCAGCAGCAGCAAAGCCCGCAGCACCAGCAGCAGCAGCAGCAGCAGCAAAACCAGCAGCACCUCCAGCAGCAAAACCAGCAGCACCAGCAGCAGCACCAGCAGGAGCAUCAGCAGCAGCAGCAAAACCAGCAGCAGCAGCAGCAACUGCAGCGGCAGCACCACCAGCAAAGCCAACGCCUGAAGGGAAGGCAGCAGCAGCACCAGCAGCAGCAGCAGCACCAAAACCAGCAGCAGCAGCAGCAGCAGCAAAACCAGCAGCAGCAGCAACACCUGCUGCUGCAGCGAAGGCAGCACCAGCAGCACCAGCAGCAGCAGCAGCAAAACUAUCAAUAGCAGCAGCAGCAGCAAAACCAGCAGCAGCAGCAGCAAAGCCGGCAGCAGCAACAGCAGCAGCAGCAAAGCCAGCAGCAGCAGCAGCAGCAAAGCCAGCAGCAGCAGCAGCAGCAAAGCCAGCAACAAUAGCAGCAAAAUUAGGAGCAGCAGCAGCAAAGCCGUCAGUACCAGCAGCAAAGCCAGCAGCAGCAGCAGCAGCAGCAGCAAAACCAGCAACAGCAGCAGCAGCAGCAGCAAAGCCAGCAGCAGCAGCAACACAGUCGACAGUAGCAGCAAAAUUAGGUGCAAUGAAAGCAGCAGCGGCAGCAGCAGCAAGCCCAGCAGCAGCAGCAGCAAAGCAACCAACAGCAGCAGCAGCAGCAGCAGGAUCAGGGGGGAAUGCUGCUGCAGCUGCGAAGACAGGAGAAGCAGCAGCAGAAGAAGCAGCAGCAGGAACAGCAGCAGCAGCAGCAGCAGCAGCAGCAAAAGGCGGAGCUCGACUCUCCCCACUGAUGCUGAUGCGGCCGCCGCUGCUGCUGCUGCUGCAAAGCAUUGAACUCAGACUAAGAGAACAAGCAGAAGCAGCAGCAGCAGCAGCAGCACCAGCAGCAGCAGCACCAGCACCAGCACCAGCAGCACCACCAGCAGCAGAAGCAGCUGCACCAGCAGCAGCAGCACCAGCAGCGCCAGCAUCAGUAGCACCAGCAGCAGCACCGGCAGCAGCAGGAGCAGCGGAAGCAGCAGCAGCAGCAGCAGCAGCAGCAGCACCAGCAGCAGCAGCAGGAGCAGCAGGAGCAGCAGCAGCAGCAGCAAAAGGGGAUGUUGAGUUACCGUGGCAGUGGGAGGAAGACUAUGAACAGUGUAUGGGGGACCCAGCAGCAGCAGCAGCAGCAGCAGCAGCAGCAGCAGCAGCAGCAGCAGGAGCAGCAGAUGCAGCAGCAGCAGCAGAUCCAUCAUCUGAGUUUGUUAAUAGAUUUAAACAUAUGCUGCUGCUGCUGCAGCAGCUGCUGCUGCAGCAGCAGCGCGAAAACGAUGCUUUGCUGCAGCAGCAAAUGCUGCUGCUGAGGAGGAGACAAAGAAGAAUAUAUAAAUGA